CUUCCCUCCAAAUAUACCCUACGUUUCUCACACCCACAGGGCUUGUUUUCAGGUAUGUAUUGCUUACACCGUCAUUGAACUUGACUGAAUCUCGCUACCAGCCACCUAUACAUACAAAGCAACAAUGCCCGAAUCAAUCGUCAUCAAAAACGGCCACAAGGCAGACGGUGCCUGCGCGAAACCCACCGCAACCUUCACCGGCGACGUCUACCUUGACCCUAUCCACUUCGACCCCGAGGCAGCGAUUGCCAAUGUGACAUUUACACCAUGCGCCCGCACCCAUUGGCACACGCAUGAGAAAGGGCAGAUGAUCAAGGUUGUUGCAGGCAGUGGUUGGAUCUGCGACAAGGGCGGUGUUCCUCAACGGUUGAAGACGGGGGAUGUUGUCUGGGCUCCAGCUGGCACGACACAUUGGCACGGGGCGGAUGAUGGCAGUAUCAUGACGCAUUUUGUGGUUGGACUUGGUAGUACUGUUUGGCAUGAUGCUGUUACCGAUGAGGAGUAUGGGAAGAAGAGUUGUACAUAAGGAACUUAUUUCCCACCAGUUGUAUGUUUCCGCUCGGAAGGCUGGCAUGGACGAAUAUUGGUGCCCAUACAUUUGCUCCCACAAGCCACAGAGUUAUUGAACAUCCAGAUAUACUAAAGACUAUAUGAGAGGGAGAUAAACUUAUUCCUCCAGGCAUACUGUUAUAUGAUUGAUUCAACUGUUAUAUAGAAUUGAACACGAGCGACAUAUCCGUAUAUAAUUAU